AUGAUGAGAGCAAUGUUGAUAUGGAUUAAACUGCCAAAACUCCCUCUGUAUCUCUGGGGAGAACGUACACUGGACAAGAUUGGAAGUGCUAUUGGGGUACCAAUGGUUACAGAUGAGUGUACUACUCAUAAACUCCGAGUCACCUAUGCUAGAAUACUAGUUCAGGUGGAUAUCACUAGAAAAUUGGUAUAUGAGAUUGCCAUCAAGGAUAAAGAAGGUAAGGCACUGAUGCAGCCUGUAGAGUAUAAGUGGAAACUAAAAUUUUAUGAUAAAUUCCAGAAAGUGGGACAUCAAUGUGGAUUGGGACCCAAAAAGAAUGUUUGGAAAUCAAGGCAGCCGAAAGAGGUAACAAAAACAGAUCCUCUUGUUACAGCUACUAUAUCACAAUAUGUUGAAGUUGUUACUCAAACACAGAAUUUUGUUCAAGUUAUUGCACCAAGUCAAGAUGCUGCUGAAGUUACCACUCCAAAAAAUGCUAUAUCGAAGUCCAGAGCCACAGAUAGUGGUGAAGAGAUGUGGACUAGAGUAAAAAGUGCUGCAAAAAUAGAGGUAAAGCAAUUGCAUAUUCUGAAUCUUCUGUUGAUUGGUUGUGUUCCAAUGGAUUUAGGGCCUUGA